AUGUACCCACCUCUCCUCACGCACACAGUCCCAGAACACUUCGCCUCCAUCGUCUCCGCCCACGGCGACCGCCCCGCCGUCGUCGCCCGCGCCCCAAUCGCCCUCUCCUCCGCCGCCACAACGCCCAUCACCACGGAGCUGUCCUACUACGACCUCGACGUGCUCUCCAACUCCCUCGCGCACGGCCUGCGCUCCCUCGGCGUGCGCAAGGGCGACCGCCUCGCCGUCUCCCUCGGCAACGGCGCCGAGUUCGCCGCGCUGACGUAUGCGGCCUUCAAGCUCGGCGCCGUGCUCGUCCCGCUCAACCCGGGCUUCAACGCAAAGCAGGUGGCCGCGGCGCUAAGGCAUCUUGGCGUCGAGGUGCUUGUCAUCGGGAAGGUGACGGAUCUGCCGUAUAAGCCCGGGCGGGGGCGGAGCAAUCUCGAGCUGUUGAGGGCGCUGGUGCCGGAUUUGGAGAAGGGGAGCGUCGAGAGCGAGGCGGUCCCGAGCUUGAGGAGGGUCGUGGCGGUGGACAAUCUGGCGUUCCACCCGCAGGUCGAGUUCGGGAGGUACCGCGCGCUGACGAGAUAUGAGGAGCUGCUCGCCGGCGGGCGGGGGAGCGUGGUCCCGGACGAGGCGCUGCGCGCCGACGAGACGAUUAAUAUACAGUUCACGAGCGGGACGACCUCGCAGGCGAAGGCGGCGAUGCUGACGCACACGUCGGUGCUGAACAACGGGCACCUGAUCGCGCGGCGGAUGGGGCUCGUGCCGGGCGACAGGAUCGUCGUGCCGCCGCCGCUGUUCCACUGCUUCGGGUGCGUGCUGGGGUACAUGGCGACGGCGACGACGGGGGCGGGGAUCCUCUUCCCGAGCCCCGCGUUCGAUCCGGCCGCGACGGUGAGGAUGGUCGCGGAGUAUGAUGCCACGGGCUUGUACGGGGUGUCGACGAUGUUUGUCGCGGUGCUGGAGGCGCUGGCGAGCGGGGCGGGCGGCGUGAGGCAGGGGGAGAUGCCGCGGGGCUUGAGGAAGGGGAUCGCGGCGGGGAGUAGUGUGCCGGAGAGCCUGAUGCGGCGGCUGUAUGAGACGGUGGGGCUGGAGGAGCUGGUGAUUUGUUACGGGAUGACGGAGACGAGUCCGGUGAGCUGUAUGACGGCGCCCGGGGAUCCGUUUGAGAAGCGGACGGGGAGCGUGGGGCGGGUGAUGCCGCAUACGAAGGUGAAGAUUGUGGACCCCGGUGAUAGGGGGAGGGUGGUGGAGCGCGGGGAGAGGGGGGAGCUGGCGGCGGCGGGGUAUCUUGUGAUGAAGGGGUAUUGGGGGGAUGAGGAGAAGACGGCGGAGGUGAGGGUGGAGGAUGAGGAGGGGACGGUGUGGAUGUACUCUGGCGACGAGGCGGUGAUGGACGAGGAGGGGUAUGUUGAGAUCACGGGGCGGAUUAAGGAUUUGAUUAUUCGGGGUGGGGAGAACAUACACCCGCUCGAGGUGGAGAAUUGCCUGUUCCAGAUGGAGGGGGUGAAGGAGGUUUCUGUGGUGGGCGUGCCGGAUGAGAGGCUUGGUGAGAGCGUGGGCGCGUUUGUGGUGGUGAAGAAGGGGUGGAAAGGGGAGGGGGAGGAUGGGGAUGGGGAGGUGUUGACGAGGGAUGCGGUGAGGGCGUGGGUGAGAGAGCAUCUUUCGAGUCACCUUGUGCCGAAGCAUGUGUUUUGGAUUGAUGAGUAUCCCAAGACGCCGAGUGGGAAGAUUCAGAAGUUCAAGUUGAGGGGUAUGGCCAAGGAGGUUUUGGGGGAGAAGAAGGAUUAG